AUGCGAGGAGCUACUGCGCUACGGCCGCAAAGGCUGCUCUUCACCCACCCCGUGAGAAGCCCGCUCCUAUCCUCGCGCUCAAUAUGUCUUUUAUGCCGACACGGCCAUCUCGUUUCAGCGCAACGACGCGGAUUCGCCUCGUCUCCCAGACCAUCCUACCCUGAGAAGACUGCUACUGCUGCUGCUGCUGCUGCUGCUGCUUCAACUACCAGCGCAAUCGCACCCGACGCCACAAACCACUACACGCUAUUUCCGGCCACAUUUCCCAACGGCCCGCCUCCGCAGUCUCCCUUCACCAUCGACGCCGCGACGCUACGACGCGAGUUCCUCCAACUCCAAAGCGCGAUUCACCCGGACAAGUUCCCGCAGGGCGCCGACAAGCAACGGGCCGAGGCGCUCUCGUCGCGCAUCAACGACGCCUACCGCACGCUGGCCGACCCGCUGAGUCGCGCCCAGUACCUGCUCGCCGAGUUCCACGGCAUCGACGUGCUGGCCGAGGACGGGGCGUCCCGGUACGCCGGCGCCCUCGACGCGGACACGCUCAUGGAAAUCAUGGAUGUGCAGGAGACAGUGGAGGAGCUGUCGAGCGCACCCGCUGCCGAGGCGCAGGCCACUGUGGAUCGGCUCCGGGGCGAGAAUGCAGGCCGCAUUGAGGCGUCGCUGCGCAGCUUAAGCGCGGCGUUUGACGGGGGCGAUUUGCAGACGGCGCAGGGGGAAACGGUGCGCUUGAGGUUUUGGUAUAGUUUGAGGGAUGGGCUGCGCGAGUGGGAGCCGGGGCACGGCGAGAUUCGCAUCGUGCAUUGA